AUGUCUCUUGAUACUUUUGACAAUGUAUUUAAAGCCAUAGACACGAGUGGUGACGGGAAGAUUCAACGAGAAGAAUUUGUAAUUGGGAUGAGGAACUUAACGAACACGACGGGGGACUUUGACGAAGACUUUGAGUUGAUUUUUGAUAUGGUUGAUGGGUCGGUCUGUUUCUCGAUGAAAGACGGCAAACUUGGGAAGCGCGAAUUCCGAAAGAUCUACGACUCGUUUCCAAAACCAUUUCCGACAGACAAGAGACAAGCAGAUAAAGCAAUUGGCGUCUUUUUGUUUAAAGUGAUCGACUCCAAUAACAGUGGCAAAAUUAAUAAAAAAGAACUCGCUAAAUUCUUAAAACUCAUCGGAACUACUAAAAAGGAAGAUAUUGACAAGUUCAUGAAAAUCAUCGACACAGACAACUCAAAUAAAAUCUCGAUGACUGAGUUCUUGGAAUGGUACGUCUCAUCUUGA